GUGAUCGACAGUAACAAGAUGGCCCGGGUUUGUUUGCUGGCCUUCACCGCUGGGUUACUGCUGGAGAUGUGCGGGCUCGCGGCUGGAGUCACUGAGGAAAACACAGGUUCUGUGUUUGUGUCUCAGCAGUCGGCAGCUAUGGUUUUACGUCGUUUUCGGAGGUACAACAGUGGCGGUCUGGAGGAGCUGCCCUUUAAAAACAAAGACAACCUGGAGAGGGAGUGUAAAGAGGAGGUCUGCAAUAUGGAGGAGGCCAGGGAGGUGUUUGAGAACGACGAAAAGACUAUGGAGUUCUGGGUCAAUUACACUGAUGAGGACCAGUGCCUGUCAAAUCCUUGUCAGAAUGAAGGUGUGUGUGAAGAUGGAAUCGCCUCCUAUGUUUGCUGGUGCACAUCAGACUUCAGUGGAAAGAACUGUGAGAUAGAGGUAGCCAAGCAGUGCUCAGUCAACAAUGGUGGAUGUUCCCAUUUCUGUGCUAUGCAGUCAGGUCAUGUUGUGUGCCAGUGUGCUGCAGGUUACACACUUGGUCAAGACAAGAAGAGCUGUGAGCCUGCAGAACAUUUCUCCUGUGGUAUCGUGACCACCUUGAACGUCAGGUCAUCCAGCGGGACACACACCCCUAAAAUGAAAUCCAACGGCACCCUGCAGGACACGCACUUUGACUUCAAUGACACAUUCUCAUAUGAAGACUACGACCUCCCGGUCAAUGUUUCCAAUCCGCUGAACUCCUCUCUGGCCUCUGUACUAGAGCCACGUCUAUUAAACUCUGCUGUGAGUGCCACGCCAACCCCAACUGAGGUUCUUGCGAACAGCAGCGAGGUUAGCAACGUCUCAGACACGCCCUCUAGUGACACCACAGACAAAAAGCAGCUGCCGUCCUGGGCUUUCUACGCCACAAUGCCUACCAUCACAGAACAGCAAAACGAGGACAAGAGGAUUGUUGGGGGCAAUGAAGCUAGUCCUGGAGAGAUCCCCUGGCAGGUAACCCUGAUGAGCCUUCAGAAACAGGAGCCUUUCUGUGGAGGCUCGCUGCUUAGUGAGGUGUGGGUCAUCACCGCUGCCCAUUGUCUGACAGAGGGAAAAACUGCUGCAGGAGGCUUCUUCGUCAGAGUAGGUGAACAUGAUCUGCACAAGUCAGAGGGUACAGAGAAAGACCAUUUUGUGGCAGAGCAGAUCAUCCACCCACAUUACAAUGACCAGAGGUCACAGUACAACCACGACAUUGCCCUGCUGAAGCUCAGCGCUCCUGUGGAACUGUCCAACCAGCGCCGUCCCAUCUGUCUGGGCCCAAAGGACUUCACGGAGACCCUGCUAAGGGAGGCCAGUACCUCCCUGGUGAGCGGCUGGGGAAAGCUGAGGUUUCAGGGCCCAGAGGCAAGAAAGCUGCAGAAGCUGGAGGUCCCCUAUGUUGAACGGACUCGGUGUAAAGGCAGCAGCCGAGAACAGAUCACACGCUUCAUGUUCUGUGCAGGUUACCACAGCGAACCGAUGGAUUCGUGUCAGGGGGACAGCGGAGGCCCCCAUGCUAGCAAUUACAAAGGCACUUGGUUCCUGACAGGCAUCGUUAGCUGGGGGGAGGAUUGUGCCAAGGAGGGAAAGUAUGGCGUCUACACCCGCGUGUCACGUUACUACCCGUGGAUCAGUCAGACCACAGGGAUUCGAAUUAGCUCAUAGUGACAACACAAAAUGUGCA